AUGGAUUUUUGGACUAAAAAUGAAGACGAGGCUAAAUUAAUAAGAUUGGAUCCAAUGAUGAAAUCUAUUGGAAUAUCGCGUGGAACAAAUUCUGAUAAUGCAUUGGUGAUAGAGAUGGGUUGCGGAAGUUCAAAGCCAGAUAUUGCCCCUGUUCAAAGCAAAUGGCAAAAUAACAAAGAAAGAAAUGGAUACUGGAAAAUAGAUGAGCAUGCUAGGAAGGCGCCUAAAGACAUGCGGAAUUCUCCAGACAUAGUGACUUAUUUCUCAUCCGUUUCUAAAGAUUCAAGAAUGAUUGUCCGAGGUUUUUAUGUCUGGAUUUCAGAAAACAUAAGAUAUGAUGUAGAUGGGUAUUUUGGAAGAUCAUCAAAGGCGCCAUGUGAUGGACAAUCAGUGUUAACAUGUGGAAAAAGUGUCUGUGCUGGUUAUGCAAGAGCAUUCGAGCUGUUGUGCAGGGACGCUGGGAUUCCUGUUAAGAAGAUAUCUGGUUUCGCAAAAGGUUUCAGCUAUUCUCCAUCUGAACCAAUUACAUUUGAGCAAAAAACAAAUCAUGCCUGGAAUGCUGUUCAACUUGAAGGAAAAUGGCACCUUAUAGAUUGUACAUGGGGAGCUGGCCACGUUGAAAGGGAAACAAAAGAUUUCAAAAAAGUUUUCAAUGAGUUCUACUUCCUUACAGAUCCAAAUGAAUUUGUUUCUAAUCAUUUCCCAUACAUGGAAAACAACAUCGAAGAAAGUCAGAAAUGGCAAUUGUUAUCUAAACCUGUAAGUCUCGAAGAGUUUAGUAGUAACGUGAAGUAUAGUCAACAAGCUUUUAAACUAGGUGUGCUGCCAGUCAGUCACAAAAAGGCAUAUUUUGAAAUGGAGGAUGAAUUGCAGAUGACAUUCCAUUGUACUGGAAAUAAAGACAUUUACAUAAAUUCAAGAUUAAUGUUUGAAGAUGGACAAAAUGUACAGAAGAAUGCGACAUUUUGUUAUCAGGAAAAUGGUGUAUACAAAAUUCUUGUUUAUCCUCAAAAACCAGGAUUGUAUACAUUGGACAUAUUUGGUAAACAUUUGUUGGAUACAACAAAUGAAGGUAGUUCACAUUUGAUGGGAUACAAAUUCAACUGUACAAAAGUAACGGACAAAAAUCAUGAAUAUCCAAAUGUUUAUAAAAGAACUUUCGUUGAUAAAUGCUUGCUACAUGAGCCUCUUAUUGGUAGAUUGCCUGCAAAAACUGAAAUUCAGUUUCGCAUCUCAUCACCUUAUUUGCAACACAUUAUGAUAGACCAUAAACAUUUUGAGAAGAAUGGAACAAUGUUCACUGGCAAAAUUACAACAGGUGAUAAAGGGAAUGAAGUAAAUAUAUUUGGUAAAAAGACUGAACGCAAGUGGACCGCCUUGUUUUCUUUCUGCACAAUUUGAAUGUAGCGUUUUUAAGUACUACUGUCGGGACACUGUAUAUUCAACAGUGCCUUUUACUUGGAUAAGUAUAUUUUAGUGGGUCUCGUACUGUAUUAGUAUCUUCAGUGAAAAAUUACGAGUACUUUGAAACGUAAAAAGACGACCUUAUAAAAACAUUUCUUCAUUGCAUUUGAAAAUGUAUACUCUUUGAUUGAGACCUAACACUCUUUAAAACAUCAAUAGCGUCAUAGUUCCUUUAUAAAUUAUAUACAUAACUAUUUAUAUUCAUGACAGAUGAAGAAAUUGUACAUUUUUUAGGUUGAUUCAUUUUUUGUUUUUGUCUAACGGAAUUUAAGUCAUUCAUCUUAGCCUGUCUGUUUCAUAAAAGUAAUCAGUAUCAAUUUUUUUAAAUAUGCAAUUUGCUUACUCCGUUUGACUUUGAGAAUGUACUUAACUAUGAUGGUGGGCAAAUUGAAGUAUUUUUGCUAAUGUUGUGUGUGCGUGUGUGUAAACUAUGUUGUGAUGUUUCAAAACAUCUGCGUUCAAAUGAUACUAAAAUCAUGUGUGUAGUGUACCGAUUAAGAAUGAUAUUCACAUAUAAGAAAUCAUAGCAUGAGCAACUUCAUGCAAAAUAUGGUUUCGUUAAAAGUGCUGAAAUACGGGUUUACAUAAAAGCUCGAUGAUAACUAGAAAAUCUACUAAACAUGUUUAUAGUGAUAUUUUAUUAUUUCGAGGUAGAUGAAGAAGUAACUGCCAAAAACAUGCAAAAAGUCAAGCUUAUU